CUUUUUCCAAAGCAGCACCGUCUCAGCGAAUGAUAUCCUCCUCUUCCUCUCUCUUCACUCCACUUUGUUAGAGACUUGUAGUGAAAGAAAAGGUCUAAAUAACCUCCACCUCCACCUGCAUCUCCAUCUCCAUCCCAGUUUCUCCCAAGUCAAAUUGUGCUCUUUCAGAAACCCUAAUUUCACCCCAAAAAAGUACCUCAUUUCUCUCUCUGUCUCUCUCUUCAAUCAUGACUCAAGAUGUUGAGAUGAAAGAGCAGCAUCAACCUUCCAAUUCCACCACCUCCUCUCCAUCCACACUCCACCAUUUGAAGGAGAUUGCGUCGUUAAUUGAGACUGGAGCGUAUGCGAAGGAAACGAGGAGGAUUCAGAGAGCCGUGAGACUGACUAAUACUUUAAGGAGAAAGUUGAAAGCUUCUGUGCUUUAUGCUUUUCUUAAUUUUGCUCUUUCGGCGGGAUCCGAGUCGUUUAAUCGUUUAAUCUCUUAUCUUCCUAAGGAAGAUGAGUAUGAAAUGGAGGUUGAUACUGCGACAUCUGUGACUCAAGCACCUGCAAAACAUCCCUUGCCAGAGCUGGAGAUAUAUUGCUACUUGUUGGUGCUGAUUUUUCUGAUUGAUCAGAAGAAACACAAUGAGGCUAAAGCUUGCUCAUCGGCAAGCAUUGCUCGCCUGAAGAAUCUGAAUAGGAGGACUGUUGAUGUUCUGGCAUCAAGGCUGUAUUCCUACUACUCACUUAGCUAUGAACUCACUGGUGAUCUUGCUGAAAUCAGAGGUAGCCUCCUUGCUCUUCAUCGGAUUGCAACACUGCGCCAUGACGAGCUGGGCCAGGAAACACUUCUCAACCUGCUACUCCGCAAUUACCUCCAUUACAAUUUAUAUGAUCAGGCAGAGAAGCUGAGGUCGAAGGCCCCUCGAUUUGAGGCUCACUCAAAUCAGCAGUUCUGUCGGUAUCUCUUUUACUUGGGAAAGAUUAGGACAAUUCAGUUGGAGUAUACUGAUGCAAAAGAAUCUCUCCUUCAAGCUGCACGAAAAGCCCCUGCUGCAGCCCUUGCUUUUCGAAUUCAAUGCAACAAGUGGGCAGUUAUUGUCAGAUUGCUGCUAGGAGAAAUCCCUGAGAGGACUGUUUUUAUGCAAAAAGGCAUGGAGAGUGCUUUGAGGCCAUACUUUGAGCUCACAAAUGCUGUGCGAAUAGGGGACUUGGAGCUCUUUAAGUCCGUUGCUGAGAAGUUCUCAUCUACUUUCAGCACAGAUAGGACCCACAACUUAAUUGUUAGACUGCGGCACAAUGUCAUAAGGACUGGACUUCGCAACAUCAGUAUCUCUUAUUCUCGUAUUUCACUGGCUGAUGUAGCCAAGAAGCUGAGGUUGGACUCUGCAAACCCUGUUGCUGAUGCUGAGAGUAUUGUGGCUAAGGCAAUACGAGAUGGUGCUAUUGAUGCUACUUUAGAUCGCGCAAAUGGGUGGAUGGUAUCCAAGGAAACAGGGGACAUAUACUCCACAAAUGAGCCUCAGCUGGCAUUUAACUCUAGGAUUGCCUUCUGCCUUAACAUGCAUAAUGAGGCAGUACGUGCCCUUAGGUUUCCACCUAAUUCCCACAAGGAGAAAGAAAGUGCUGAGAAAAGGAGGGAGAGACAACAGCAGGAGCAAGAGCUUGCAAAGCACAUAGCUGAGGAGGAUGAUGAUGAGUUUUGAUCUAGUGUCUGCAAAGAUACUUGUCUGUUUUCCUGAUGGAAUUCUCUCCAGCUCCGUGAUUCUCUAUAUGAACUCCCCAGCAGAAAUGAGGACCUUUAUGUUGUGAUUUAGGAUUCUGUCUUGUAAUCGAGCUACCUCCGUUCAACUAUUUUGAUUUGAAUUGUUGGGUUGCUCCUUUCUUCCCCUUGAACUUAUCUUAUUUCCCUUUUCUAUCA